AUGAAAUUCACCUUGAUGAAAUGGUGCUUAGUAUUUUUCAUCCUUCUAAAUCAGCUUACCCUAGUAUCCCCAGAUGCUUCAAAUGACACAAGUCCUGAGCCUGAACCAUUUCUGAUGAAGCUGAAAAAGAAGAGAAUUCAGGAGGCAAAGACCAAGUGCUUUGAGCGAAUGGAAAUGUUACCACCAUAUGAAGGAGAAGGGUUAUACUGCAACCGCACCUGGGAUGGAUGGCUAUGCUGGGAUGACACAAAAGCUGGAACAACAGUUACUCAACACUGCCCAAGUUAUUCUGGAGAGUUUGAUCCAACAGUUUUUCCAGAAGAAGAAACUCAUAUGAGAAUUCUUUUUUAUCUGACAUAUGUGGGCCAUUCUUUGUCACUUGUCACCUUAAUUAUUUCGCUGGGGAUUUUUGUCUACUUUAAGAACCUUAAAUGCCAGAGAGUGACCUUGCACAAGAAUUUGUUUAUUACCUACAUUAUGAAUUCUUCUCUGGUUCUGAUCCAGCUUUCUAAAAUAGCAAGUGAUAAAGAUCUGGUGCAAAGGGAUCCGCCCAUGUGCAAAGUUUUGCAGUUUUUCCACCAGUACAUGAUGGCAUGCAACUAUUACUGGAUGCUUUGUGAAGGGCUUCAUCUGCACACCCUCGUAGUGGCAUCCUUGUUUAUCAAGAACCUUGGCUUCUGGUUGUAUUACCUCUUGGGCUGGGGUGUCCCAAUGUUGCCAAACUUGAUCCAUGCGAUUGCUAGGGUGACUCACUUCAAUGACAACUGCUGGCUGAGUACAGAUACUCAUUUGCUUUAUAUCAUCCAUGCCCCUAUCAUGGGAAUACUGGUGCUGAAUUUGAUCUUUUUGCUGGAUGUCAUCCGGGUGCUGGUAACCAAGAUUCGAGAAAGCCGUGUGACUGAAUUUCGCUUGUACAUAAAAGUUGCGCGGGCCGCUCUAAUUCUUACACCAUUACUGGGCGUUCAGUUUGUUCUCUUUCCCUUGAGGCCUGAUAAUGUUGUGCUUGGCCAAAUCUAUGAUUUCUUCAUGCACUUUCUUGUUCAUUUCCAGGGUUUCUCUGUGGCUGUUAUCUACUGCUUCUGGAACAAAGAUGUCCAGGCGACUCUGAAGCGCCACUGGGAGAGGAUGAAGACGGAGUGGUGCUGGAGCAAACAAAACAUCAACCCUUCCUCUGUGCACCCUGAAAGACAGGGCCAUGAUAUCGCUGUUGUCUCCUACCAGGAGCCUCAGAGAAAUAAAGCAGGCAAGAGAAAUGUCCGUGCUGCUGAGGUCAUCCCUCUGCAAGUCAUAGAAUAG